AUGGACGUGAAGAGUUCGACCUUUUGGAAGAAAGAAAAGAAGACACAAAUUGAGAUAGGAAGGUGCUUUCGAUUCAACAGUUUACCACUUCAAUUCUGCAUGAUCUUUCUCUCGUUAUUUAGUGUGAAGUACAAUGUGACAAACGCGUGGAGAAGUGGGCUAGUUGGCAACAUCAAUAUCAAAGAAAGUAAAUUUAAAGUCCUUUGUGAAUGGGAAUUAGACAAGCGGCGUAUUUCAGUGCGGGUCUUUGUGAAUGUCGAUACCAUCGAAAAUAUUCAACUCACGUCAGAAGUGUGGGAAGGGUUGACUAACUUACUUAAUGCAACGGUGAAGUACUUCCCACAGAUCAAAAUGAGUUUCGACAUCUUGUGUCCACAUUGUUUAAGUAAUGAUGUGAAUGUAGAUGGAUGCUUUUGUGUCACUUACGACGAAAUCUGUCAAACGUUAUCACAAGGGUCUUUUCAAGUGAACACGUGGGGGCAUUUAGUCUCAUUUGUGUUGAAUUGUUGGGAUGUUUUAGUCAAGCGUUUGUCGCGAAGGAAGAAGCCGAUUGAUUACAAAGAUGUUCAAGUCAUUCGCACGCUCACACGAGGGAGUUCUUCUGAUAUUAUGUUAUGUCAAGUGAAAGGAAUUGAUGAAGAAGUUGUUGUGAAAAAGUCUGAAAUUGACAUUAAAGGGAUGGUGAUGAAUGGGGAUGACUUCAUUCCAUAUUACAUCGAGCGUGUCGAAGACUUUUUAAGAGAGUGUGAGUUCAUUCGAUUCCCCGAGUGUCCAUAUAUAGCGCGGAUACAUGGGUAUUGUCUCUCUCCUUUGUGUGUGGUAAUGGAAUAUUUCAAUGGGGGGUCACUCUUCGACUACAUCACAACACACCCAAAAAUGCCAUGGAGCACUCGAUUGAAUAUUGCAGUGAGUAUCGCUAAAGGGAUGACGCUCUUAAUUGGGCAGAAGAUACCGAUGGUACAUCGCGAUUUGAAAAGUCCGAAUGUGAUACUGAAAGUGAAUGGGAGCGAUGAGAUAGUGCAAGUCUCUAUCACAGAUUUUGGGCAAAGCAUGACGACAUUUGAUAAUAAUUAUAAGACGUGUCACUCAGUCGAAUGUCCCUUUUGGCUUGCUCCUGAAGUGAUCAAAACGUCUCAAUUUGAGUUAGAAAGUGAUGUAUACUCAUAUGGCAUGAUUCUUUGGGAGUUGUCAACUCUCUCUGCGCCAUUUCCACAGUUCAAAUUUAUGGAAGAAGUACGAAGUUUUAUUAACAAUGGGAACCUCCUUGAAAUACCACAAUCUCCAUAUUCAGAGUUUGACUCAUUAAUUGCAGAUUGUUGGAAAGAACCCAAAGGGAGACCGUCAUUUGCUGCGAUCGUCGUGAAGUUGAUGAAAGUGAUUAAGAAGAGUGAGCUCCAAAAAGUGUAA